CAACCUAGUGCCCAUCAGUCGUUGCUUUCAUUUCUCCUAUGCUCUCACUCCACAUUCGCUCACACGCCUUUUCCAUUCACAAUUUCGAUAAUUCUUUUUCCUGUUACUUGGUGUUUUCACUCCUCACGCCUGGCGUGCGACCCUCCGAUCAUGCAAGUCCCUCCACCACCGUAACCGUCUUUCCUCCCAACAGGAGUAAUAAAUCAUGUCCGAACUGUCAAGCGAGGGCCGACCUUCUGUGUCAACAUCAUCCUCACAUACCUUGAAUUCACGAUAUUCGAGUUCGCACGCGGGAAAUGGGGAAGGAAGCUCGACACAAAGGCUGCGUCAUGCCACCGGACAUGAUGGCGAUGCAGGGCAUAGUUCAACGGCAUCCUCGUCACGGACAGCGGGCAGCCCAUUAAGACCAGUGCCAAUCGAAGAGCAGGACAACUCACAUCGAAAACAGCGGAACAGGAAGUCUGGUGGCUUUCUUCUUGAUCCAAUCUUCCCUUCGGGUCCUGCCUCCCGCACCGCACGUCGAAGCGCACACGCCGAAGAUGCGACCCGCACACGUAACUCGCGGCACGCCCACGCCCAUUCCCACGAGAGUAAUACCCAGCGGAAUCGAAUACAGGCAGAUGGCUCUGGAGUUGCCCAUAGUUCGCCGUUGUCGCGACAGGUGGCCAUAGCAGAUGAGACAACGGGUGAGGAGGGGAACGUGGCUCAUGCUACGGGCAAUGAUGGCAGUGAGAGACUGCGCGUAACAAAGACAAGGAACAACAACCGCGAUAAGUCAUCGUCAAGGCAGUCUGCGAGUAGCGACGUACAAGCGCCAGCAGCAAUUGAUCCGAACCAGCUGGUACACAUGGCCUUGGACCUUAGCGAGAGUCGACGAAGAAACUACUCUGCUGGACAGAUCAUAGGAGCGCCAGGUACAGAUACGAGGAGGGUGAGAUCAUCUAUCGGGCCACACACUGAAGGAAGCCUCCGUACACAGGGCAACAAAAGCAGCCUGGGACAGUAUCUGAACGAGCAACGACGUAUAUCGCGGGCCAUGUCUCCGACAGGUGGCCGAAGUUCACCUUCUCGUAUACGACAUUUAUCCACCUCAGCACCUAGGCAUCUGUCAGUUUCUGUACAGGGACAGUCUCAAGAGCCUUCGGCGGCGACCUUAGCCCGACGUGAUAAAGCGCGUGCGUAUAUCGAGCUUCAUAUGGAGUACCUGCGUCUUCUUGACUAUUUACCGCCACUGAAGCCAGAUGCCUCGGCACCUGGGAACUUUGUAGUUACUGCAAACAAUGUGCCCGGUAGCCCACAUGCUUUCCUUACUCGAACCCUAUCACAUGCGAACGCAAAGCACGACUUAGGGCGCCCUUACAAUCCUCUACAGUACCUCAGAAAUAGGAGGACCAGAGCUCGAGAGCGCGUUGUAAUGGACCAUGGAUCUGAAGAAUUUUCUGAUCUCGACCUCGUCAGAGAUUGGGUUGAUAGAGUAGAGUUUGAAAUCCAGACUCCGCAUUAUCGCCAGCAUAACAAAGUAGCUUUGCCGGACCUUCACGAGGACUACCAUGGUGCAGGUCUACCCUCCAAGCCCUCCAGACCUCGCAUGGGCUGGGUAUUCACCCCCGAAGAGUUAUUGGCAGACGCACAUUGGGCAGAACAGGGUGAAAAUAAGACCUUACUGGAAGAUAGGCAUGGGCGCAAAAUCUUCCCACUUGCAGACUUGCAAAGGCCGGAUCUUCAACAGCCACGAGCAAGCAAGGAAUACUCAGACAAAGGGCGGAAAAGCUGGACUGAAAGCGUUAAAGGGGUUAAGGUUACUGACUCACAGCGUGAAGAGGAAAGUGAUCAGACGAGCGAACGCGGUCGUAAAAGACGACUCCUCCCGGGCCUACGCGUGGAUGAUAAGAAAUCCAAAAAGCACAGCUGGCGAGGUUCACGGGCUCAGUCUUCAAGUUACUCCGACUCUUCGAGUUCAGAUUCAGAUUCACUCAAGCACCGGCAACACAAGUCUCGCCGAACCGUCGAUGUCAACAACAAUACCGGUCCUCUGGAGCUGCGCAUCAAUGAGAUGCUCGAGAAGGAGAAAGAGGCAAAAGAGAAGAAGUCACACACACCCACUUUCAUCUCCCCUGACACCCCUGACAAAUGGGGAUUUGGCAAGAUCGACCCCCCAGCUCAUGAUUCAUCUCGAGCUUCUUUAGAGGUUCCGGCCACAUCCAAUGGCUCUACCGAACACGCGCCUACCACUCUUAUUCAGGAUCUAAAAGUCCCACCAAAGAACAGAACCAAUUACGCCACAUCUUCGAGCCAUCCACAUGAACCGCGUUCAUCCUUUGAAGACCUGGACAGCACCGCACCGAGCACACCACUUCAGCCAAAACCAUUUCCCCACAUUGGCACCAAUCUGUCUCCACCUCCAAGUCGCGGAGGCUCUUUCAAGAAGACAUCAAAGCACAAGCUUGACCUAUUUCGGUCGGACGAGAGUACGAAGGGUCAUAAGCUCGAUCCAGACUCGGCAGGAACCGAUAAGCAGCGGCACGGUAGACACUCUUUUGAAGAGACACACGAUGACAUUGGGCUAGGGCCUGCAAUCAUGGCUGCUCCUGCGGCAGUGAAGUCCUUACUCACCCAUCGGCGGAACGAGAGCCAUACCAGUUUAUCCAGUCCUGAGGGAAUUCGCAAAGAUAACAGAGACUCGAGGGAACAAAAGGAGGCGCCAUCGGCAGUAACACGUUUUCUUAAAGGGGUCAAGAAUGAAGGGUCCAAGGUUGGCGAAUUCAUCUUCCGUCGCGACCGCCCGCCCGAAGAUUCGGACACAAGCUCCGAUUCUGAGGAUGAUGGUUUAGCCUCGGACGGAAAUCAAAGUAAUGUGCAGAAGAGACUGCGACCAAACCUGAGCCGGAACACGACCGCCGCGACUAUUGCCAGCACCACAUCGAAGAAGAACGGCAGGUACCACGUAGAAUUACCCGUCUUUCGUUCCACCAACCAGAGUAACGACCAAGAGGAGACGAAUGCAUCCGAUUACUUUUCAGAUGAUCAUAUCAGCCAUCAGGCUCGUUCUAUUGCAAACUCCCGUUCGCAGCGCUUCAAGCAACUGGCCCCUCCUCCUAUUGACAUGGACUCGAUCUCUGUGACAUCAACACCAGGACCUUCCCGGCCUUCAUCACCUGAUGCUGCUGAAUCCGAAGAUAGGCUCAGCAAGGUUCUGGCUCGGCCGGGCGGUGUUGGGCAGGCUGGUCAGCCCAUUACUUCUCUUGCGUACCCACGCACUUCCCGGCCUAAACUCGAGAAUCGGCACUGGAGUAUCACAGAUGAUACGGGCGAUGACAUUCAUCGCUCAACAGCUCAUCACGAAGUCACACCGGGUGAUAUUGCCCGUGUUCGGGCAUUGCUCCUGUGCUCUGGCGUCAAAGCUAGGGAAAUUGCUCGGCGGGCCCGCGAACACCGACAAGAACCUCCGCGAUUCUUGAAGCGUACUGCACAAGCCGUCAAUGCCGAAUUGUACUCAGUACCCAGGCAAGAAGAGCACGUUCUGGCUGCACGCAUCCUGGUGCAAGACCUUGAGUCGUCUACACACGCACUUCAGGCCUCGGCGCAGCAGUUCAAGGACCAAACAAUUAAGGACUUGACCUCAAGGAUCAGUGAUCUCAGGUCCAGGGUCGAGGCUGAUCUUUUCCCACGAGUCCGGCAAAGCGGAGAAGAAGCCGUUCGGAUCACGACAGUGGUUUCAGGAGAUGCGCCCUUGACAGUCAAACAAAUCAUGGACGAGAUUGAUAAAAUGAUUCGCAUGCGUAGAAGACGAAUGCGUUACAUGCGGCGAGUAGGCUGGAUGCUUGUGGAAUGGAUGCUUUUGGGCUUCAUGUGGUGCGUCUGGCUGAUCGUUGUCAUAGUUGGAUUCUUUAAGAAGGGAUUGAAGCUGUCUUUUGGCAUUGUCAGAUGGCUUCUUUGGCUGUAACGCAUACCAUCUAGAUUCUUUUGUAUUGUUUCUUUCUUUCUCUUCUGCGAGGCGUACAGGCAUUGAUACCACUUCGUUGGAGGGUUUUAUUAUAACGAACUUGACUGGAUUCUUAAACUAUUUAAUAUGUAGAAUAGCAUACACAUUUG